AUUUUUAUACCUAGUUGAUAACAAAAUAUUUUUCGAUUUUAGCGCGUUUGUCUGUAUAUCUGGAGUAGAAGAGAAAUAGGGACGAAAAUGGUGUGCGUUUUUUGUCAGUCAACGUUAGUCAAGUUAUUUCAAGAUAUUCAAGAGCGGACAUCUGCUCAUAUCAUCUAAAGGCUUGGGAUGGAAGUCUUGGAAGAAGAGAUGGUUUAUCCUUACAUGCACUUCGUUGGAUUUCUUCAAGAAUGACCCUGCUGAAACUUCUGAGGACUUGUUUGAGUGGAAGACGGCCGUUGAGAAUGCUCUGGCACAAGCCCCAAACGCUGCUCUUGUUAUGGGACACAACGGCAUAUUUAGAAACGACACCAAUGAUUCUAUUGAGGGGUCUUUCAAUCAAUGGAGAGAGAGACGCCCAGUGAAGUCUUUGGUUGUGGGUCGCCCAAUUUUUCUUGCAUUGGAAGAUAUUGAUGGUGGCCCAUCCUUUCUAGAGAAAGCACUUAGGUUUCUCGAGAAAGAUGGAAUUAAAGUAGAAGGAAUUCUGAGGCAGUCUGCAGACAUUGAGGAGGUGGAACGAAGGGUUCAAGAAUAUGAACAAGGCAAGGCAGAAUUUGACCCCAUUGAGGAUGCUCAUGUUAUUGGAGACUGCAUUAAGUCCAUGUUUUAUGUGUCUAUGAUGGGAUUUUGGGUAACUCGUUCUUUUGUGGCUGUUUUCGAGAAGAGAUCAACCAAAGGGAAGCUCGGAGUUCUUAAAAUGAUGCAUACAGUUUCUUCUCAUGCUUCUGAGAAUCGUAUGACCCCAUCGGCUGUUGCUGCUUGCAUGGCUCCACUGCUAUUACGGCCACUUCUAGCUGGAGAAUGUGAAUUAGUGGAUGACUUUGACAUCAAUGAAGAUCAUUCGUCUCAGCUUCUUGCUGCUGCAAAUGCUGCUAAUAGUGCCCAAGCAAUUGUUACAACUCUCCUUGAAGAUGAUGAUGAAAGUCCUGACAUAGAAGUCAAUGGUUAUCACGAUGCUCAAAAUGAAGCCGAUCAUGAAACAGACUUUGAAUGUGACCGCAUGCAUAGUGGGAAGUUAAGUGAAAGCAGUGGCUCGGCUGCUAGUGAUCUGUAUGACUAUAAGGCUAUUGGCAAUGAUGAUUCUGACGAUGGUUCUCGUUCUAUAGAGACAAAAUCAAACCCAACAGUGGACCUUGACCAACUGAGGGUACGUGAGAAAAACACAAUUAGUGCUUCUGAAGAUGUACUUCGUAAUGAGGCCCAAAGAUCUAUGGGAGAGAUUUUGUCAUCUAUGAUACAAGAGCCACAUCAACCAGUCACUGAAUCCGACCUAUUGACUGAAAAGGCAAUACCAAAACCCACUAAUAUGAGUAAUGGUAGUGCCAAAAGGUUGACAUUUUGGGGAAAGAAAAAUGCAAUUGAUUCAUCUGGAGAGGAAGAGCUUGCCAUCCAGAGACUGGAGGUAGCUAAGAAUGAUUUGCGCCACAGAAUUGCAAAAGAGGCACGCAAGAGGAAAUGCAAGUUUGCAAGCUAG